UCAGUCACACUCAUCAUCAAAACAUGAGAGCACUGACACCACUCUGCUGGCAGCUCUUGCUGUUGAGUACUCUGGUAUACUGUAGCCUCGGACAAGGUGGAGCCUCUCUGAGUGUCAGUCCUGACAGAUCUCAGUUCUUUUUAUUAGAGUCUGUCUCUCUGAGCUGUGAGGUUCAGGGGACCUCUGCUGGAUGGAGAGUGAAGAGAAACACAGUCUCUGGGGAGCGUUCAGAUUGUGGAAGAAAAUGGGGAAAACAACAAGGGUCUUCAUGCAACGUGUCACUAAUACCAUCAGACAGUGGAGUGUACUGGUGUGAGUCUGAGUCUGGAGAACACAGCAAUGCUGUCAACAUCACAGUACAUGAUGGAGCUGUGAUCCUGGAGAGCCCUGCCCUUCCUGUGACUGAGGGAGAUUCUGUGACUCUGCGCUGCAGAUAUCUGGGAACUCCCUCUGACCUCACAGCUGAUUUCUACAAAGAUGGAUCCCUCAUCAGGACUGAGACUACAGGAGAGAUGACCAUCCCUGCAGUAUCCAAGUCAGAUGAAGGACUCUACAAGUGUACCAACUCUAAAGGAGAAUCACCAGAGAGCUGGAUGACUGUGACAGCUACCCGCCCACCCACCCCAUCCUUCUCUCCUCCCACCUCUCUCCUCUCCUCCCCGCUCCUCCUCCCUCUGUCUGUCUCUGGGUUGGUGGCUGCUCUCUCCAUCUCUCUGAUCAUUCUACUGGUCCUGUUCUGCAAGAGGAACAAAGAUAUAGAAGAUGAACCCAGAGAUGUUACGUAUGCUGACGUCAGAAUCAUACAGGACCCAGAACCCAGGAGAAGGAGAGAGAAGUCUACUGAUCGAGUCGACUCUGCAGUCAAGACUGUAGUACUGUAUAAGACUCCAACAUACAGCCAUGUAUAAUGAGUAUUCAACACCUCAGUGACCCUGUUCAUCAGAACGUCAUGGUGUUGGAGGUCUUCACUGUAGUAGACUGGAUCAGCUCCUCUGUCCCUCACUCAUCUCUCUCUCCUCUCUCUUUACCUAGUGACCCUGUUCAUCAGAACGUCAUGGUGUUGGAGGUCUUCACUGUAGUAGACUGGAUCAGCUCCUCUGUCCCCCACUCAUCUCUCUCUCCUCUCUCUUUACCUAGUGACCCUGUUCAUCAGAACAUCAUGGUGUUGGAGGUCUUCACUGUAGUAGACUGGAUCAGCUCCUCUGCCCCCACUCAUCUCUCUCUCCUCUCUCUUUACCUAGUGACCCUGUUCAUCAGAACGUCAUGGUGUUGGAGGUCUUCAUUGUAGUAGACUGGAUCAGCUCCUCUGUCCCUCACUCAUCUCUCUCUCCUCUCUCUUUACCUAGUGACCCUGUUCAUCAGAACAUCAUGGUGGAUGGAAAAAGAUGCUCUCUUCAGCAGCGGUGAAUAACCACAACCCUGUCAGUCCAUCUCUUUACUUCUCCUUUCUCUUAUCUUCUCUCUCCCUCCUCCCCUUUUCACACCAACGGACUUAUCUUUAGACGCUGCAGCCUUGACCUCCAUCAACAGCAUCAGCAACAGAGAGGUGUGAAGUUUCCACAACAGAGUUAGAGUUAGUUUAUCAUGUACUUCUCUUUAGACGCUGCAGCCUUGACCUCCAACAGUUAAACCACUGACUGGAACCACAGAGUUAGUCAGUUUAUCAUGAGAACAUACAGACACCACUGACUGGAACCAGCUGACAGUUUCAGUUGUAAAGACUUCAUUACUACUAACAGAAGGAAAGUUGUAGUGUUUUGUCCAUGAUGAAUGAUGUAAAGACUUCAAUGUGUUUUAUAUUGUAAUUGUUUAUGUCCAAUUGGAUAUUUCUGUAAUGUAAUUGUGUGUUUUUAUCUUGAGCAACACCAGUGUAUGGUUGCCAACUGACCAAAUAAAGCUUCCUAGACCUCGUG